AUGGCACUUAAUUCUGUGACAAUAUGUGCAAUAUGUGCAACUCUACGUCUGUUGGGUCUAUGGAUUUUCCCUUCCCUUGGGGGUCUUCUCGAUAAGAGCGUCGAAUUCUCUACGCCAGUGACGUCAUACAGAUCUUUAAAGGAGGCACUUGUAUUAGGUAUGGGAUCGGCCAACACAAUUACAUUCGAUAAUGGAUACUACAAUGGAGGUGUGGUACAUCACCCCCCAUUACUGUUACAAGCGUUACAAGGGAUUCCAAUUUCAUACCACGAAUAUCUAUUUAUAUUCUUUGAUUGUCUAAUAUUGAUGCAAUUUAUUAAAUUGACUGCACAAGUUAAAAGACAGAACAAAUUGUUUGUUAAUAUUCCAACAUGGUUACCAGCAUUGAUAUAUGCAAUUAAUCCCUUAAGUUUAUUGAGUUGUUUGAGUAAAUCAUCAGUUAUAUUUACUAAUUGGUGUAUAAUAAACGCCGUUGUACAGGCCAUGAAUGGAAACAUUCCAAUAACAGCACUUUUCGUAGCACUCUCUGGUUAUUUAUCGUUAUAUCCAAUCCUUUUAAUAUUCCCAUUGGUAAAUUUAGUAAAUUUAAACUCAUCCAGAUCUCAAAGGGUUAACCAUACUAUCAGAUUGACACUUUAUGCCAUUUAUUACUGUGUAUUCUUGAUUUUCAUCUCAUAUAAAAUUAAUGGUAAUAAUUGGAAUUUCCUGAGAGCAAAUUAUAUGGUUUUCUUAAAUUUUGAAAUAGUGACUCCAAACCUUGGUAUAUGGUGGUAUUUCUUUAUUGAAAUGUUUACAGAAUUUAUUCCAUUUUUCAAAGGUGCAUUUGGUCUAUUUCUUUUCUCGUUUGUAAUCCCACUAACUAUCAGAUUCUGUGGUCAACCUUUCUAUGUGUCGAUUGUCAUACUUGGAUGGUUAAUCCUAACUAAGCCAUAUCCAGUCCUUGGAGAUUAUGGUUUCUGGUUCUCAUUCUUAGCUUACUUUGUUCCAGUUGCAGGAUAUAUGCGUUACAAAGUGUUCGCAAUGUUACUAUUUAUACAUGGGAUCAUGCUAUCGCCAAUCUUCUAUCACUUAUGGAUUGGGUCAGGCUCUGGUAACAGUAACUUCUUCUAUGCUGUCUCUUUAGUCAAUGCUCUGGCGAUAGGUACUAUUCUUUCAGAUUUAAUCUGGGCUAUGCUCAGACACGAGUAUGAUGGAGAAACGCCCAAUUAUGAUGUUAAACUGGCGCAAGUUUAG